GCGAAUGUGAGAAGAGUAAAACGCAUUCAAUUCAGAAUAAAUCAUUUCAAUUAUUGGGACGAUAUAGAAUUCUUCGACAGAUUUCGAAUGUCGAAGAAUUCAGCCUACAUUGUUUUGGAGCAAAUCCGAUCCCAAAUUGAAAAUGCAACUAAAUGGAACCAUUCAAUAUCUGCCGAAACCAAGCUUUUAUUAACCUUGCGCUUGUAUGCCAGUGGAUCACUCCUCAUAACUGCGGGAGACUUUUGUGGUGUUUCUAAAUCAUCCGCUACCAGAAUUUGUAAGAUAGUCUCUCAUCAUAUUGCUCGACUUCAAGAGAAAUACAUAAAGUUCCCUGCGACACCUGAGGAAAAGUUUGAAGUUGUAAAUGGAUUUUACCAAUUUGCAAGGUUAUCUCGCCUUAUAGCUGCUUUAGAUUGUACACAUGUACGGAUUCAUUCCCCAGGAGGUGCGAAUGGCGAAAUAUUUCAGAAUCGAAAAGGCUAUUUUUCUUUCAACGUGCAGACCAUGUGUGACUCAAAAUUAAAAAUAAUGGACAUCGUUGCAAGGUGGCCUGGAUCGAGUCAUGAUUCCACAAUUUUUAAUAAUUCUAGAAUCUGUGCUAGAUUUGAAAAUGGAGAUUUUGGAAACCAUCUCAUAGUUGCUGACAGUGGCUACCAAUGCAGGCGCUAUAUGAUGACCCCAUUACGUAAUUGUAACAAUCCUCAAGAAACAUUGUAUAACGAAUCUCAGAUUAGAACAAGAAAUUGUGUUGAACGCUCGUAUGGAGUAUGGAAAAGAAGGUUUCCUAUAUUAUCAACAGGAAUAAAAGUAAAACUAACAACAAUUCAGAGCAUCAUUGUUGCAACAGCUGUUCUGCACAACAUUUGCUGUAAAAAUAACGAAGCUGAUCCUCCAGCGGCGGACAAUUCAAUUAAUGAAGCAAUGAAUAAUGGCUAUGAUAGUGAAAGAACUUCGAACUCUCAAAAUGAAAAUACAUCUGUGCGAAGUUCGCUUGUUAAUGACUAUUUCCGAAGUCUUUUAGGUUAAUAAGAUACGAUUUUUUCAUUUUAACAAAUAUCAAAUUUAUUGAAAAAA